CCCACACACAGUAGCAGAAUACGGGGAAAUCCACGACACACACACACACACACAUACACAGCCAAGAUUAGCAUCCCAUUCUUUGACAAGGCAGGACAACACGUAACGGUACUCCGUUUUGCACGACCAUAUCCACUCUUACCUUCCAACAGCCGAGCUGUAUACGCUGUAUACGGUUCCCUACACGGGAUAUCAUCAAGAGGACGUAACAGUCGCGGUUGCGCACAAACAUCGUUGGAGCUUGUGGCCGGACUUGUCGUCCUUGACAAAUCAAGCCAAAUUUCUCCUUAGGUAGCCCCCGAACGCCCGUCGUGCAUGUAGCGACCAGUAGGUGGUGGAUGACGACAGCGAACCAAGGAACUCCCGAUUAUCGGGACCAGGAAGACGGAGGCGAAGGUCAGCCACGGCAGGGUGGAAAGAGUGGACCACUCGGUCCACGACCAGGCUCGGGAGUAAACAAGCGAACGACCAAAGCCUCUGCCAAGGGCGGACGAGCAAAGAAGUCCCUUUUGAGACGUUCCCUCGACCCAGACAACAACAACAUGAAUCCAAACAUUCCGUUUGUCUCCACGCCGGCAGACACUCCAUCGCCCUUUCCUGAACCGACGCCCCUGCAGAGCGAUGCUGAUGCCAAGUAUGAAGGAGAGCGUGCACGCAACAACCAGUCGGCAAAACGCUCCCGUAUUCGCAAGGCCCUUUACGUUGUCGAACUGGACAAUGCCGUUACGGGAUAUGAGUACAACUUCAAACUCUUUUAUAAAAUGUACAAGGAGGCCACGCAGAAACUGAUUGAUCAUGGUCUGGGAGGCGAUCUUCCCCCUGACCCGCCCAUCUGGAUCCGAAAGCCAAUCCCUGUAGGUCAGGAUGUCGACACACAAGAAUACCGCAAGAAGCUCGAGACCGCGGUAGAGAGUGGCGAGCUCGUCCCGCUCGGACUCGACUUCGCUGAGUCGGUGGCCCUACAGGUCGGCAAGACAACGGGAUCAGCACAACAGACAGAGGAAGCCAAGGCGUUACAGGACGCAAAGGAUAAGUACGAAAAGACAGUCAAACAGGAGGACAAGUACGCCGAGGAGUUGCAGGAUAUGGAGAAGAAAAUGCAGGAACUGCAACACAAGCUUUGGGAGGUUCAACAUAACCGACAAUCACUGGGAAACGUAGUGGGCCGGUACCAGGCAAGGGUCUCUGGACAACCGGGCAACAAUGCGGGCCGGUCUGCUCUCCAGGGCAAUGGUACGAAUUUACCCUAUAGGCCUCCUGUGCCGGAGACUGCUCAUCUUCCCCAGCGACUCCAGAAAAUGGCCUCGCAAGGCCGGAAGGAACGUACGCUCGAGGAACUUGCAGCGUCAUGGCCGGUGCGAUCCUGUCUUGAGAAUCCUCAGAUUGUGAUGGAGAUGGACCAGAACCCAAUUGAGGCCAAAUUGGAGCAGCCUAAGGACGCCCAACUUGAUGGUCUUCCUGUGCCAACAUUCGACGGAUAUCACCAUCAAAGUCAGCAACAGCAGGCCAACCCCAAUCAUCCUACAAAUCCCAGUUUCGCUCAGUGGUGCCAGGCCCAGGGAGAACCUAGCUUUCCUGAUUAUUCCAAUGCUUCUGGAAAUCCGGAUGCGGUUUCCGCUGGCAACUUCAAUGAGUAUCCCUGGCCAGGCGAGAGUGUCGACUUCACUGGAGAGUCACACUUUGUAAGUAGUGACGAUCAUCUGCCAGGAACGGGCCACGAUGCGGUACUGACCAACACGUCUCAACCACUCUCGCCGAGUAUUUGCUUUGCCGAUCUUCACCUGAGUCCAGAAAUGGGUAAUAUGUUUAUGGAGACGGGCGAGCAAAGUUCUGGCGAUCAGAACCAAGGAAAUUAUCACGGAUCAUAUGGUCAGCAGACGGAUCAGUUCAACCAGUUCUACUGAUUAGCCUGGGGAGGGUCGUUCGAUCGGGAGGAAUUUGGUUUCGGUUUUCGCUCUCAUUGCAUUUACACACAACAGGAUACCACUUCACAGCGAGGCGUUUUUUUUGGCAAGUAGAUGGGAAAGAGAGGUUGUUUUUGGCUGCGGGGGCUUUUGAUUUCCGCGCCUAGAUGGAUACAAGGAAGACUACUACGGGCUUUGACGGGACAAGGAGGGUGGAUGUAUGGAAAAGACCAUUGGACGUACCUCCAUGAUUGGGCGUGCACAAGUACCCGUGCCUCGCCCCUGCGUGCCCCUUGGGUAAGGGACGAGCGGAUAGGUCAUUAACAUGAGCGGGCAAUGAAUUUGUCGUCAUGGUACACAGUAACGUCGUACAGCAUAUCUGCAGUGUUAGAUUGCAAUAUCGCUCCAUCAAUCCUCCUGGUCUGCUGGGAAGGGAUAGGAAAAUGACAAGGC